AUGAGGAGUGAAAAAGCAUCGAUGACUGUUUCGCAAAUGAUCAACUCGCAAUUACUCGCAUCACAGGUUUGAAAAGUGGGAUUUUCUAUUGGCUCUCCACGUGUCAACCGUAACCGACCUUUCGAAAUUGCCGAUUUAGCUGAUUAAACCCAUGUUUUUUGCUGAUUUUCCAUCGUUUCCGACAAAAAUCGAUAGAAGGCGCAAAAAUGUGUUUUAUUAGAGUUCUUUUGGAUAUGGGUCUAAAAAUCGUUCCUAAGUACCUUUUGAAUGGUCCAAAAAUGCGCAAAUUAACUUGCAACCCCUUUAAAAUGAUUCCAGUGUUACUGGAACAUACUCUUGUUUCUGUUCCACUCGGUUCUUCCAAUUUGGCUACUAACUCAAUGCGGCGGGAGCGGAGCCACGAAUUCGAGUGCAAGCGCGGAAGCGGUGACGACGGAAUCGACCGAGACUCGGGGAGAAGAGGACGAGGAGCGGCGGAGGCGGCGGAAAGCGGGCAAGAAGAAAAAGGCGGCGAAACGGAAGAGAGAGGCGGAGAAUCUUUCGGAAGGAGCACCCAAACCUCCGAAGAACCGGACCGACAUUGCCGACAAGGCGGAUCCCAAUUAUCAGGUAAAUUGGGCAGUUUUGGCGGCAACUCCUUGAAAAAAAUCUAUCUGACACGGGAUUGGAGAACGUUCUAGAAAAUUUUUGCAGCAAAAAAGUUUUGCAGACGCUCGCCGACAUCAAAGACGACGUUUUUGACAAAAAGACGCCGCCGGUCGCUCCGGGAGCCGGGCCAAAGGCUCCAAAGCCCGGAACGAAGCCUCAAAUGGCCCAGUCUUUCGAUCCCAACUACCAGACACUCGCCGGUCUGAACGAUGACGUUUUUGCUAGGAAAGGAAAUGCUCCAGCUGCUCCAGCUGCUCCGAAGGCUCCAGUUGCUCCGAAGGCUCCAGUCGUCGGUGGGAAAGCGGCGACGAACGAUCCCAAUUACCAGGUUAUUUUGUUCGAAACUUUGAAUUUUGGCUGCUACAGUUCUCUUAUGAUUCCAGACACUCGCCGGUCUCAAUGACGACGUUUUCGCUAAAAAGGGAAAGCCUGCCGGAGCUCCGGUUCCCAAAGCUCCGGCAGUGGGAGGAAAAGCGGCCACACACGAUCCGAAAUAUCAGGUUAGUGUGGAAUGUUUCAAAAAGUAUAAAACUUCUAGACCCUCGCCGGCCUAAACAAUGACGUUUUUGCUCCGAAAGGAAAUGCUCCGCCGGCUCCGAAAGCUCCGCUCAAACCGGGCGGAAAAGCGGCCACUCAUGAUCCAAAUUACCAGGUAAAUACUUUUAAAACAAACUUUUCUGGAUGUUUUUGCAAUUUCCAGACUCUAGCCGGUCUCAAUCAGGACGUGUUUGGUGCGGAUAAAAAGAAGAAAUGA